AUGAUAAUUUUAUCUCAGGUGUUCAUCCGACUAAGUGGAAUAGUAAGUAGCCUUGUACAAAGAUAGAAAGAUAAAAUAUGGAAAAGAGAAAAUGGCGUUAAACUUAUACAAUUUUUAAACACGCUGGAAGGGGCCAAAACCUUCAUCAUCAAUCAGGAUUUAAAAAAAUGAAAUAAACAAACAUACUAGUAGGUGAAUGGGAUUUCAAAGUAAAGCAGAAGAUGAUUACGAAAAAGGAAAAUACAAAAAAAAGAAAGUUGAUUUUAUGCAGCGAAUUUUCGAAUCCCUGUUAGACAUAUUCAAGAAGCAUAUUUUGCCUUAAUAAUAAAAUAAUGCCAUAACAUUUUUCUGAAUUAAAAAUUAUCUACGUUUUAUCAUGUGUUACUUACAGGUCCAUUAAACUUCGAAAUUUAAAAACAACUUGGUAAAUACUCCUUGAAUUUUAUCAAAUGCAAAUUCAAGGUUGAAAAUUACAAAAAUUAGCGCUUUCAACUCACUAACAAGGAUUGCAACAUCUACUAUAACUUUAGUGGCGCUAAUUAGCAUACUAAUGCUCGUCAACAACUUAAUUUUUUUCAGGGCGGUUUUAACAUGAAUAAAAUGCUGCUGGAGGGUGAAGAAAUGCUAAUUUUUAAACAGGUGAGGCUAUUAGGGAAAAUAAUUACUAACAAUGCGUUGUUGUCAUAUCUCAAAACACACUCUUAAUUCUCUGAGGAAAAUCCUUUAAUUUAUCUGUGACUAAAUCUUAAAGGAGUGAUCACUCAAAGGAUUUUAAUUCGUAGGUAUUGGAACCUCAAGCUUAAUGUUGAAUACGAAUAAAGACUCUCUCAGUUGUGGGAUCUAUUAAAAUUGAUUGAUAUGGUUAUACCCAGCGGGUCUUAAGCUAAGACAUUAUGUAAAGACAAAAGAUGUUUUCUAAAUAAAAUUGAUUGGUUAUUUGACGUGAAAGAAGAAACCUAAUGUCAUGUGUCAUGUUUUAAGUUGUUUUUAUAUCCUUGAAAGUUCCGCCCCAAAACGCUCCGGUUUCGGUAAUUAUAAGUAAUACUUUUAUAUUUUAAUUUUCUAUGUUCAGAACCUUUUCAAGGUUAUGAUUUCUAUGGUCAGUUUAGGAUUUCCUAAAAGCGUGGUCAUGUUGAAUUCAACGAUCAUUUCACUUAGAUGUUGUCUUCUGUAA